GGUGUUUUCACUUCAUAUACACGUAUAUUUGUAAAUGCAGCAUCAACAUACUAAAACAAUAUCCCGGAAAUAGAAAAAUAAUGCAUUUGAUUAUCAACCGUACUUUCGUUUAGACAACUGACGACAGAAAUGAUUCGAUGUACGAUGUGAGUCUAAAUGUAGUUUUCAUGCAGAUUCGUUCAUACGACACAAAGACACAAUUUUGUUUCACGGAUCAUUUCGGCUUAGAGGACUGGAUAAAAGCAGUAUGCCAGUGUGAUUUCAGAACAUUUCCAUUCGCACGGUUUCCUGAACACGUGAAAAUUCUGCAAGGAUACACUUUUAAGCCUCUUAUAACAAUGAUGGUGUUGAAAGAUAAUCCCUUCAUGGUAUGGAUGGAUGCAAGCAUUAGAUUUAAGACAUCCAACAUAUCUCAACUGAUAGAGGACGCCAGACGGCUGGAUCUCGUCUGCACUCUCUGUGGGCCCUCGGUGGCUUUCCGAACGCUUCCGAAAACGUUUUCAUACUUUGACGAGCAGCCAUGUGCUUUCAUACGCUUAGGCGAAAUCGGGGGAUUUUUUUAUAUCCUACGCUCCACUCCUUUUAUCAUGGAGAACGUAGUGAAACCAUUGGUGGCAUGCGCCCUUCUUUUAGACUGCAUGGUGCCAAGUGAUGGACCUCCUCUAAAAUAUCUUGCCGGCGGAGAGGACCUCGUGUAUGGUAAUUGUCAUAGGUUUGAUCAAUCAGUAUUGGCAAUAGUGUUAUAUCGCUCGUUUGGUACCGGUAUAUAUAACCGAACGCAAGCAUUUGAUAAUAAAUACUUUGAAUAUAAUCCAAAUGCAGAAUAAGUAUUUGCUCAUUAACGUGAUUUUAUUAUUGUUCUCCAAUAUAAGUAUUCCAAUUUUGUUCAGAAUGGAAGUCAUUGCUUUUAUUGGCUUUUUUUAUUGUUCUGCUGUAAAUUUGUGUAAUUUUGUUUUAUUUGAAUACGGUUUCAUUACUUACUGUUGCACUUGGUUCAAUACCUUGUGACAAGACAUUAUUUGCAUAUUUAUAUACAACUUUGUAGCAAAUUUGUCUUUAUAACAAGGCAUAUCAUCCAUGUGAUAUUUAUUUAACCUGUCGGGCUUAUGUAAUGGUAUGUUUCAAAAGAGUACUACUUUUUAAUGGGCUGAAUACUACGCUCAAUGCAACGGGGUUUGGUUGAUGUUUCCUUAUUUAAAACACUAUGAAUCGUUGUAUUGAUGUCAAACAAUAACAGGGUUUCGCAUCGGCACAUGUCAUAUCGACUAGUUACAUCCCCUUUCGACUUUUUUUCUGUCAGCUCUAUUCUCCAUUAAAAUACAGUAAUCGUGUACUUUAUUUUCUCAAUAAUUUGAACUAUUUUACAGAUAGAAGAAACCUCACUAAAUAAAUCAAAAACGGUUUUUGUUCUUAUUGUUUUAAAUAAUAUAAAGAAUGACAUGUCAUGCAAAAAAUCGAGCAUUUCGAUAAUUAUGGAUUGUACAAACAGAGCUAGAAUGAAUACCUGCUGGUACAAACAGAGCUAGAAUGAAUACCUGCUGGUACAACAGAGCUAGAAUGAAUACCUGCUGGUACAACAGAAACUAGAUGCAUGGAGUAAUGGGUUACCUUUUUUCUGAAAACAGAAUAUAUUAGAUGUUUCCGAUUUUGCAAACGAUAAGGAAAAGAAUCUGGUUUCAACUAGGGACUUUAAUAAACUAAAUUGUUUAUUUCAAAAGCAUAUUUGCGAUUUUUACAACAUUAUUUUAAAUCUUUGAACAAAUACAAUAGAACAGUGAAUGCACGCAAAACUAUUUUGAGUCGGAUAUAGAGCACAAUUCCAUAAUUUGGUGAUGUGGUCAUACUUUCAUUUAUUGGCAUGUAUUUAUAUUAUUAUUAUUAUCUAUAUACUAAAGCUGCAGAUAUUUUAAUUGGGUUAAUGUAAUUUUUUUUUCAAUAUGAACGAACGGUAUCUACUAAUAUUUUAUCUAUUGAUUUUAAAUCGAAAUCGCAUGUACAUCAAU